AUGACACUCCACAGGCUGCGCCGUUGCUUAGAAAGAAACUAUAGUCAAUUCUGGAGCCAGGCUUCAACUUCUGCCAUGAUCAAAAUCCAAUAUGCUGUUCGCUCAGCCGUAGUGACCAAGGUGCAGAAUAGUCUGGGCGAUCUUCGGAAGACACUAGAAGGGCACUCGAGCUCAGUCCGGGCCAUGGCCUUGUCACUUGAUCAUACGCAGAUCGCAUCUGACUCUGGGCACCAAAUCACCAAGUUCACGGAUAUCCCCAAAUCGCUCAAAUCUUCUAAAUCUCUGAGGACCCAUUCUCGUGGUGUUUCCAAGCUCAAAUCGAAGAAGAAAGUGCGCGAACCAGAAAUUACGUCUUUAGAUUAUCGCUACCUUCAAACCAGCAGUGGAUCAGCCUUGAAAGGUGAAAUUGCUACGGACAAGCUAGAAGGUAAACCUUCUUUCUUGUAUAGCCUGUCUGUUCAAGAGUAG